CGUGUCCCGCCCCCCCUUACGCGCUGAAAAAAUGGCGACAGGGAUGUUUCGGCUCACGCGAAAGUGCACCGAUAGAAUAAUUGGGAUAGCGAGCGGCAGCACUGGCCCGAAAACGUCAAACGUAUGUAGGGUAACUCAGCUUCGUACUGCGGUAUCAACAGCUUCUGGCGGAAUCCUACCGAAGCCGGAUAAGACAUCAUUUGGUCUUAUCCGUAUGACAGCAGUGGUGGUGCCUUUCCUUUAUGUUGGAACUCUCAUCAGCAAGAACUUUGCCGCUCUGUUAGAGGAACAUGACAUCUUCGUCCCAGAGGAUGAUGAUGACGACGACUGAGCUGAUUAUGGGUGAUUUUCAUCAAUGGCAAGCAUGCCAGCCAAUGGGGAAAAACUGGGGAGAAUGGAUAAGAAGAGCACUGUGAUUUCCAAAUCCAUUCCUCUUUUUUGCCUCCGUCGAUCUCCCUUUCAGCUCAUUUCCACAAGUGUAUUUUUAAGAGAUCUCAUAUCAUAUUAAUGUGGGGCUGUCAAGUCUAUCAGUCAGGCCUUCACUCCUGUUUGCAUGUUUGUGUUUUACAA